AAUUCCUUUCCGACUCCAACCAAACAGCGCACAACUGUUUGUGUGGUAUAUGCUGCGUGUUGCCUUCACGGCCCCCCUCUAUGUCGCGCUUAAAAACUGAAACUGGAUGCGCGGCAGACUCUACUAGGGCCUGAGGCCAAACUCCAGACCCCAACUAUAUUUCUUCUCUUCCCCUUCCCCUUCCCCUGGGUGCUCUCUUCUGAAAUCUCACUUCUCAGGCGGCAGCAACAAGCAGGCUGCAGGCCGUCGCAGCAGCAGCUGCAGCAGUAAGCCAGCAGGCAGCAAACCGGCCCUCAGCGGCGCCGUCCGCCAGUUGGCUCGGGAUAGCUCUCCAGCUUCCCUCUUUAGAUAAUCAGCCAUGACGGACGGUCAUCUCUUCAACAACAUCUCUCUCGGAGGUCGCGGUGGAACUAAUCCAGGGCAACUUAAGGUGCAUGCCGGAGGUAUUCUAUGGAAAAAGCAAGGAGGAGGUAAAGCAGUGGAGGUUCAUAAGGGUGAUGUUUUGGGGGUUACCUGGAUGAAAAUCCCCAGAACGAACCAGCUUGGCAUUCGAGUCAAGGAUGGCUUGUACUACAAGUUCAUUGGUUUUCGUGACCAGGAUGUCACUAGCUUGACGAAUUUUUUCAGGAACUCUUUUGGGAUAAUUCCAGAAGAGAAGCAGCUUUCUGUCAGUGGACAGAACUGGGGAGAGGUUGAUUUAAAUGGAAAUAUGUUGACAUUUAUGGUCAAUUCAAAGCAAGCGUUUGAGGUGUCUUUGGCAGAUGUCUCGCAGACACAGCUUCAAGGAAGGAAUGACGUCAUCUUGGAAUUCCAUGUGGAUGAUACAACUGGGGCUAACGAGAAAGAUUCAUUGAUGGAGAUAAGUUUUCAUAUACCUAAUUCCAACACUCAAUUUGUUGGUGAUGAAAAUCAUCCUCCUGCUCAGGUUUUCCAAAAGAAAAUUAUGUCGAUGGCAGAUGUUGGUCCAGGAGCUGAAGAUGCUGUUGUUACAUUUGAGGGGAUUCAGAUUCUUACACCAAGGGGUCGUUACAGUGUUGAACUUCAUCUUUCCUUCUUGCGGCUGCAAGGACAGGCUAAUGAUUUUAAAAUUCAGUACAGCAGUGUUGUUCGCCUUUUUUUAUUACCUAGGUCUAACCAACCACACACCUUUGUCGUUGUUAGUCUUGAUCCACCAAUUCGAAAAGGGCAAACUUUGUACCCACAUAUUGUGUUGCAGUUUGAGACGGACUAUGUGGUUCAAAGCGAGUUAACGCUAAGUGAAGAGCUUUUGAAUACCAAGUACAAGGACAAGUUAGACUCAACAUAUAAGGGAUUCAUUCAUGAAGUAUUCACCCUGAUAUUGCGUGGUUUAUCUGGCGCCAAAGUUACUAAGCCUGGAAAAUUCCGUAGCUCUCAAGAUGGUUAUGCAGUCAAGUCGUCAUUGAAAGCUGAAGAUGGAGUGCUAUAUCCUCUUGAAAAGAGCUUCUUCUUUUUACCCAAACCUCCAACUCUUAUUCUCCAUGAGGAGAUUGACUACGUGGAGUUUGAGAGGCAUGCUGCUGGAGGCUCAAAUAUGCAUUACUUUGAUCUACUUAUAAGACUAAAGACUGAACAAGAACAUCUUUUCCGAAACAUUCAGAGGAAUGAGUACCAUAAUCUUUUUGAUUUCAUCAGUAUGAAGAAAUUAAAAAUCAUGAAUUUAGGAGGCGUUCAAACUGCAGAAGGGGUUGCUGCUGUUCUGCAGAACGAAGAUGAUGAUGCUGUUGAUCCACAUCUUGAGCGGAUCAAGAAUGAAGCUGGGGGAGAUGAGAGUGAUGAAGAGGAUGAAGAUUUUGUUGCUGAUAAGGAUGAUGGAGGCUCUCCCACUGAUGACUCUGACGAUGAGGAUUCUGAUGCUAGUGAGAGUGGAGGCGAGAAAGAGAGGCCUGCUAAGAAGGAGUCCAAGAAAGAAGCAUCUUCUAAGGCAUCUUCUUCUAAGAAGAGGUCGAAGGAUGUAGAUGAUGGUGGUUCAAAGAAGAGAAAGCAAAAGAAGAAAAAAGAUCCAAAUGCACCAAAGAGGGCCAUGUCCGGUUUCAUGUUUUUCUCAAAAAUUGAAAGAGAGAACUUGAAGAAGACCAAUCCUGGAAUUUCAUUUACGGAGGUGGGGAGAGUGCUUGGAGACAGGUGGAAAAAGAUGACAGUGGAGGAAAAAGAACCCUUCGAAGCGAAGGCUCGUGAGGAUAAGAAACGUUGGAAAGAUGAAGUGAGUGGCUACAAGAAUCCACAGCCAAUGAACAUCGACUCGGGGAAUGAAUCUGAUAGUGCUUAAGGUUUUUUGGUUGUUGGGGAAGUACUUCAUCUGUUUUUAUUUUUAUUUUUUGCCUUCUUGUUUUGGUUGUCAUCUAUACAUACAAACACCAUAGUUGGAUGCUAUCAUGAACUCCUUCCAUAUUUUGGAAGAUUACUUCUGUUCCAUGUUUAGAGACAAUAUGAAUGCUUCCUUUUCUCUGCAA